AUGACUUUCUACCAAGCAAGAGCAGAAGAGUGUCCUUUUGCUGCAGAUGCGCAAGUAGACCUCGUAACCGCUGCGCAGAGCGCGCACUGGUUCGACUAUGCCAAGUUGUGGCCAGAAAUGAGAAGAACUGUCCGAUCCGGAGGCACGCUUGCUUUCUGGGGCUACAAGGACCAUGUGCUCGUGUCUUACCCCAGAGCAACUAGUAUCAUCAACGAGUAUGCAUAUGGGCAGGAUCCAUGGCUGCUGGGAAGCUACUGGCAACAGCCAGGUCGGAGCAUAGUGCAGCAGAAACUGCGAGCGGUCCAGCCGCCAGUCGAGGACUGGGAGGAUGUCUCUCGUGAUGAGUAUGAGCCUGGAGUAGAGGGGGGGACACGGUUCAUGCAUGCGAGAAUGACUUUGGGGUCCAUGGAAGAAUAUGUCAGAACAUGGAGCUCGUUUCACGCUUGGCAGAGGAAAUGGCCGGAUAGGAUCCGGCGGGCUCCUGGGAAUACGGAUCAACGUGGUGAUGUUAUUGAUGAAAUGAUGGACAAGAUUCAAGAGACUGAACCGUCUUUCCAGCGAGAUGACUGGAAGGAUGUAGAGGUGGAUGUUGAAUGGGGGAGUGCGUUGAUUUUGGCGCGGAGAAGGUAG